UGUGCCAGUGAUCUCCUUCAAAACCCGACUCGCACUCCCAUUUGUGUCUCUGUGAUCUCUAGCUCGCACUCUCUCACUCUCGUCAACGUGAGAACGAGAAACCCCACCAAACCGAACGCGCCGUUUCGGAGAGCGGAAUCUUCAUCGUUUUGUGCGGCUUUGAAGCUAUGGACGAGAAUUCAGCAGUCAUCGAAGCGAUUCUGAGAGAGCAGGAGGAGGUAGAACUGGCAGAGAACAAGAACAAGAACAAGGACGCCCAAAAGGUCAGCGAAAUCGGAUGGCAAACGGUGUCGUAUCAGAAGCGCAACAGAAAGGCGUCCAAGCCUCCGCCGCGGGAGAAUUCGGCGGAUCCGCUGAGCCGCCGGCCCAACGGAGCCGCCAAAACAGAUAUCUUCCGCCCGAUCGAGCAGCACUCUGAGGAGCGCCUCCGGCGCGCGCUCGAGGUUCAGCUCGCCGCCGAAGCGGCCGCAUCCGGAGAGGGAUCGAAGCGGCAUUCUGACGACGAUGAGAAUAGCGACGCGGAGGCCGCCGGCGCCCCCGGCGCCGUCGAGAAUGGCGAGGUGAAGCCUAAGAAGCCGAAGAAGCCGAAGAAGCCGAAGGUGACCGUCGCUGAAGCAGCUUCGAAGAUCGACGCCGCUGAUCUCGGUGCUUUUCUAAUUGAUAUCACCGCUUCGUACGAAUCUCAACAAGAUAUACAGCUAACGCGAUUCGCGGAUUAUUUUGGCCGCGGAUUCGCGUCGGUGGGUGCGGCUCAAUUUCCGUGGUUGAAGACAUUCAAAGAGUCCAGUGUUGCAAAGAUGGUUGAUAUUCCUCUUUCCAGUAUACCUGAAGACGUUUAUAAGACAUCUGUUGACUGGAUGGGCAAGCGGUCUUCUGAAGCACUUAGCUCCUUUAUGUUAUGGUCAUUAGAUAGCAUUCUCGCUGACCUUGCCAGUCACCAAGCAGCUGCCAAGGGAUCCAAAAAGGUGGUUCAGCAAGCAUCUUCAAAGUCUCAGGUUGCCAUAUUUGUCGUUUUAGCAAUGGCACUACGACGAAAGCCUGAUGCGUUGAUCAGUUUAUUGCCUACAAUUAAGGAAAACCCGAAAUAUCAAGGACAGGAUAAGCUUCCAGUCACUAUUUGGGUGAUUGCUCAGGCAUCUCAAGGAGAUUUAGUUGUUGGGUUGUACAUGUGGGUUUAUUGUCUCUUGCCUAUACUGGCUAGCAAGUCAGGCUGUAAUCCGCUAUCCAGAGACUUGAUUUUACAGUUGGUUGAGAGAAUUUUAGCUUCCCCAAAAGCUCGCCCUAUUCUAUUAAACGGUGCUGUCAGAAAGGGGGAGCGCGUGGUGCCACCAUCAGCUCUUGAGCUUUUGAUGAGAUUCACCUUCCCAGCACCAUCAGCUCGGCUAAAGGCAACUGAAAGGUUUGAAGUUGUAUAUCCGACCUUGAAAGAGGUUGCCCUUGCUGGUUCCCCGGGAAGCAAAGCAAUGAGGCAACUUACACAACAGAUUUUGGACAUUACAAUCAAAGCUGUUGGAGAAGGCAUCACUGACCUAUCAAGGGAAGCAAGUGACAUUUCUGUUUGGUGUUUGACUCAAAACCCUGAAUGUUACAGGCAAUGGGACAUGCUUUACAUGGAUAAUCUUGAAGCAAGUGUAAUUAUUCUGAGAAAGCUGUCUCAUGAAUGGAAGGAGCACUCUGCCAAACAUCCUACUCUGGACACUUUGAGGGAAACUCUUCAGAGUUUCAAGCAGAAGAAUGAGAAAGCAUUGGCAAAGGGAGAUGACGGUGCACACUAUGCAUCAUUGAAGGACGCGGACAAGUACUGCAAGGUGAUUUCGAGGCAUUUGUCGCAGGGCCAUGGAUGCAUGAAGAGCAUGGUCAUUGUGUCUCUUGCCCUGGCUGUAGGUGCUGUUAUUACGUCCCAAAACAUGCAUUCUUGGGACUACAAGAAACUUUCAGAAUUGUUGAACUUCCCCUGAAACAUUCCGAGUUUAGUCUCGUGCAGAGGAUUGGCCGCAGUUAAGUGGCGCACUCUAUUGCCAUAUAGGUUUAAUUAUGUCCGGCAUAGGUCAGUUCUGCAGGAAGCCCUGUAACUAAAUGGGCCGAGGAUGAGUAAUUUAUUCCAAUACUGUGACCAAAUUCUAUUGGGUUUUAGUGAAAUUAGAAUAGGAUGAGGAGCAGCAGCAGCACCUGCAGCCCAAAGUGCAUGGGCUGACCAUUUACGGAGUGGUGUUGUGCCUGGUUUUCAUUUGUGGGUCGGGUCAAUGACUUGUUUUCCUUUCAUAAUGGUUAAUCUAUAGUGGGUUGUUUUUAUGUUAAA